UACCCCUCAUUAAACAAAACAAAACUUGAAUUUUUGUUUUGAAAUUUUAACAAAAUUCAUAAAAUACCAGCAGCGCAAAAUUUUUUGUGUUUUAGGCGAAAUUAAAUAGAAUAUUGUUCACGAUGGAGGAUGCCGACAUCAUUCAGAAGCAGGCUUUCGUCGUGGACCCACCGGAUCAAUAUUUCAAUCCGGACCUGCAACCGGAAACGGGCGAACAAUAUUUGCAACGGGUGAUCUACGAACGCAAGAAGUGUCCGGCCGUAGUCGUGGUCAAACCUAGCCCGAAGCGUCGUCAUCCACAGUCGAUCUUAACGGGAAGUGGUGCAAUUCCACAACAAGGAGUUCGAAACAUUGCUCCGCGAUCCUUGAUUCCUACCAAAGAGUGGGAAUCGAUUCAAAAUAAAAAAUUUGCUGAACUUCGUGAUACCAUCAGCGGCUACAGAAACAGCUCUCAAUUCAAGGAAAACCUUAAAAAGACGAAUGUAUUCCUCAACUUUGAAAAUCGCAAACAAUUACGCGAAUAUUGUGCCAACAAUCAGCCGUAUGUGCGAAUCGUGCUGAGCAUUCCUCAGCGAAAUCUAGAACUGUUGCUUGAAUAUUUGUUCGAGUGGCUUCAAAGCUCGAAUGAAGAUCAUGCUUCGUCCUCUGGCGAGGAAAAGGCACACCGAAAGGACUGGAUCAUGCAAUGGAUCUAUGCUAUCUUGGCCUGCAUCAUUGGACCGCUGGAACCGUAUGUGCACAGUGUGCUGCGUGAUAUUGCCAAAGCUUGCAUUUCGAUGCGAAAUGAGCUGAAGGCUGAUGAGGAGCUGAAGGUGCUGCCGCUCAAUUUGCUGAUCUGUAUUAUAUCGCGAAAUUUUCAUCAGCUGGAUCUGAGCGAUAACAUCUAAGGCAAAAGCUUCCUGAUUAUGUACUCUAUAAUAUGUUUUACUUGUAAUUAUUUUAUACCGUUUUCAAAUAAAUUGUAGG